AUGGAUGUCGAUAAGUUGUAUCGCACAGUCAUUGGAAGAGAAUUCAACGAAGAUUUUUGUCAAUACUUUCUCCUGGUGGUGAAGUCGAAGAAGUUGCAGUUCGAUUUGGAGCAAGUGGGGGUGCAGUACAUGGGCAUCACAUCCACUCCCCCAUGCACAACCUCUCUUUCCCUCACCAUUCGCCUCCUCUUCUCCGCCACCAACCCCAACAAGGUCAUCACCACCAUUGUCGUCGAUCGCGUCAAUCUCCUCCAGGUCGACGCCGUCGACUUGAUCCGCGACGCCUCCCUCAACGACCGCGUGGACCUUCGUGUCUUGGGCGAUGUCUCCACUAAGAUUGACAUCAUGAAAUCCAAUUCCCCUAGCGUUCAGGCGAUACUUUUUGCUGCAACAAUUUUCAG